AUGAGUAAAAAAGCAGAAAAAAAAAAAUAAGAAAAAAUAAUACAAGAUAGAACGUUUGGACUUAAAAAUAAAAAUAAAAGCAAACAAGUUUAAAAGUAUGUGAGAUAAAAAUAAUUUUUAGUUUCUGUAAAGGAGUUGCUUAAUAAGUGAAAUUUAAUGGUGUGUCAAUGUCAAAAUUGGAAGCAGAAGAGUAUGAAAAGAAGAAAAUAGAAAGAUAAUUGGAAGAAGAUGAAAAAUUGAUUCAAUCUUUGUAUAAAACUGUUGAACAAGCAAGAGAAGAGGAAUCUGAAGAAGAAGUUGAUCCAAAAUCAAUAUUAUGCGAAUAUUAUAAAUAAGGUAAAAUAUAAAUACAUAGAUAGGUCUUUGUUAAAAAGGUAAGAAAUGCAUGUACUCUCAUGAUAUGAGUCUAGAAUAAAAGACAGCAAUACUUGAUUUAUAUACUGAUUAAAGAUAAUAAUUAACAGAUGAAUGGGAUACUUGUUAAACUUGGGAUGAAAAAACUUUAAAAGAUGUAAUUGAAGCCAAUGAAAAAACAUAUAAAAGGUAUUUAACAUUAUUUCUAUUAAAUAGUUAAAUUCCAUCAGCAAAAGUUUGUGAUUUUUUUUUGGAUGCUUUAGAAAAAGGUAAAUAUGGGUGGAGAUGGGUUUGUCCUAAUGGUAUGACAUGUCAUUAUAAACAUUGUUUACCUUAAGGAUAUGUUUUUAGAAGAAAAGAAGAAAUGAAAUAAUAAUUUGAUGGUGAUAUUGAAGAAGAAAUAGAUGAGGAAAUUUAAAAAUUAUAAAAAGGAGGAACAAAAAUUACAAAGGAUGUUUUUGAAAAAUGGAAAAUAGAAAGAGCUGAAAAAAAAAAACAAGAGGCUGAAAAAUAAAAGUUAGAAGAAUAAAAGAAAAAAGGUUUAAAUUAAUAAUUUAAUCUUAGGUGCUAAAUAAACAGCAGGAAGUGCUUAAAUGACAGGAAGAGCUCUAUUUGUUUAUGAUCCAACUCUAUUCGUAGAUGAUGAUGAAGCUGAAAAUAAAUAUGAAAGAGAAGAGUAAAUUGAUGAGAAUGAAGAAGAAGAAGAAUAGGAUGAUAAUAAACAACAAUUAUAUGAAGGGGAUGAUAAUCAACAAUAAGAUGAAGAUGAAGAAGAUUAAUAAUUUAAGUAACAAUAAUCAUGA